UGGGUUGGUUUCCCGCCAGAAUAUAUUUUUGCCAGUUGGAAACUGGUAAUUUUUUCGUUAGUGUUUGCAGGUGUUUGUUUAAUAGUUUAUCAUUUAUCAUUUUCGAAGAUUUGCAAUACAGCAAUGGAAGGAUUUGAUGAUCCAGGGAUAUUUUUUAGUGAUAACUUUUCUGUGGAUGAAAAUCAAAGUGAUGUACAGGUUAAUUUAAUAGCAGUAAAAAAGAAAUUCAAAGAGUUUCUCCGACAGUAUCAUACUGAUAAUUUCAACUACAAAUAUAGAGACACCUUAAGGAGAAAUUACAACCUGGGUCAAUAUUUCCUAGACGUCAAUAUUGAAGAUGUGGGAAGCUUUGACGAAAACUUGGCAGAUAAAUUGUAUAAGCAACCUUCUGAACAUUUACCAAUAUUUGAAGAAGCAGCAAAAGAGGUUGCUGAUGAACUCACUUCCCCUAGACCAGAAGGAGAAGAGCAAGUUGAAGAUAUUCAGUUAAAUUUAUCAUCAGAUGCACUUCCAUCAGAUUUGAGAACUUUGAAGUCUGACGUUGUUUCUCGUCUGGUAAAAAUUCCAGGAAUUGUUGUUAGUGCCUCAGGUAUUAGGGCAAAGGCUACUAAAAUCUCAAUACAGUGUCGCGCUUGCAGUAAUGUCAUUCCAAAUCUACCUGUUAAACCUGGGUUAGAAGGUUACAUUUUACCAAGAAAAUGCAAUACGGACCAAGCAGGUAGACCUCAGUGCCCACAAGAUCCUUAUUUCAUUAUGCCUGAUAAAUGUCAUUGUGUUGACUUUCAAGUGUUGAAACUACAAGAACUUCCUGACGGUAUUCCCCAGGGUGAAAUUCCAAGACAUAUUACUCUAUAUUGUGAUAGAUACUUAUGCGAAAGAGUUGUUCCUGGUAAUAGAGUGUUUGUGCUAGGAAUCUUUUCAAUAAAAAAAAUUACUAAAUCAACCAGGAAUGAAGGAAGAGAAAAGGCCAUAACAGGUGUCCGAGCAGCCUAUAUGCGAGUUGUAGGCAUUACUCUUGACACUGAAGCUUUGGGAGCUUUAGGUUGUUCAAUUGUUUCCUCAGAGGAAGAAAGUACUUUCAGAAGAUUAGCUGCUUCACCAAAUGUGUACCAGAAAAUUGCUAAUAGCAUAGCUCCUUCAAUUUAUGGUUCUAUUGAUAUAAAAAAGGCAAUAGCCUGUCUACUUUUUGGUGGCUCGCGCAAGAGGCUUCCUGAUGGUUUAACACGAAGAGGUGACAUUAACUUACUGCUCUUAGGAGAUCCUGGUACUGCAAAGUCACAGCUGUUGAAGUUUGUUGAGAGAGUAGCCCCUAUUGCUGUUUAUACUUCAGGGAAAGGUAGUUCUGCUGCCGGUUUAACUGCCUCAGUUAUAAGAGAUCCAUCAUCGCGUAACUUUGUAAUGGAAGGUGGUGCUAUGGUACUGGCAGAUGGAGGUGUUGUUUGUAUAGAUGAAUUUGACAAAAUGAGGGAAGAUGACAGGGUGGCCAUUCAUGAAGCUAUGGAACAACAAACUAUUUCUAUUGCCAAAGCUGGUAUCACAACAACUUUGAAUUCUAGGUGUUCUGUUCUUGCUGCUGCUAACAGUAUUUUUGGAAGGUGGGAUGAAACUAAGGGAGAAGAAAAUAUUGAUUUCUUGCCUACUAUAUUAUCUCGUUUUGAUAUGAUUUUCAUUGUUAAAGAUGAACAUGACGAACAAAGAGAUAGGAUACUUGCCAAACACAUCAUGGGAGUUCAUAUGUCCGGUCAAGCUACUCAAGAACCUAAGGAAGGUGAACUGUCUCUGGAAUUCAUAAAAAAAUUCAUCCAUUAUUGUCGAACGCGCUGUGGACCUAGACUGAAUGAAGAGGCUGCUGAAAAAUUGAAAAGACGCUAUGUUAUGAUGAGAUCUGGAGCCUUCCAGCACGAGAUGAAGUCUGAUAAGAAAAGCUCUAUUCCUAUCACAGUUCGUCAAUUGGAAGCUAUAAUUCGUAUAUCUGAGAGUUUAGCCAAAAUGCAGUUGCAGCCGUUCGCAACAGAAACGCAUGUUGAUGAAGCUUUGAGGCUCUUUCAAGUGUCAACUUUGGACGCAGCUAUGAGCGGAAGUCUUGCAGGUGCUGAAGGCUUCACAACAGAAGAGGAUCAUGAGAUGCUGACACGUAUUGAAAAGCAGUUGAAACGAAGAUUCGCUAUUGGUAUGCAGGUUUCUCAGCAGACUAUAAUUCAAGAUUUCACUCAUCAACAAUACCCUGAAAGAGCUGUCUUGAAGGUAAUUCAAGCUAUGAUCAGACGAGGUCAGUUACAACAUAGAAUGCAGAGAAAAAUGCUUUAUCGCAUUAGUUAAAAAUGAUCCAUUUGUAAGUGAAAUUAUAUUUUAUUUUGUUUACAAUCAUUAAUUUGUUGUACUUCAAUAAAAAUGAUAAUUUUGUACUUCAA